AUGUCCGUCCGGCAAUGGCUCGUCUUCACAGUACUUAGGGCUGUGCCAGCUGUGCUGCUGGCAGUCGUCUUGGCGCCCUGCGCCAUCAUCUUUUACAGACUGGCCCUGCACCCCCUCGCCCGUGUGCCGGGGCCCAAGCUCGCCGCGAUCUCCAAUGUGUGGCAUGCUCUCCACGUUCGCGAUGGGCGCAUGUUCGUCCUAGGCAAGACGUUGCACAAGAAGUACGGCCCUGUUGUCCGCGUGGGGCCGAACGAAGUGUGGUUCGAUAGCAAAGAUGCGUUCAAGAGCAUCUAUCGGGCCGGCAGUGGCUAUGAGAAGUCCGAGUUCUACUUGGCUACUUUGCUGCAAAAGCCGACGAUGGACUGGAUGGGCAGAUUGCACUUCCCCGACUCGCUGGACCUCUUGUCUGAACGAGACAUAUCACGAUAUCGCCUGCAGAGGCGUCUCAUUGGUCCCAUUUACCAGACGGCAUCUCUCAAGCGACAUGAGCCUGCCAUUGACGCCGUGCUUGAGAAGAUCGUCACCCAGAUCCGGGGUCUCGACGGAGCCGAAGUUGAUUUGAAGGAGUGGAUGCACAUCAUUGCUGUCGAGUGUCUGGGCGCCAUUGUGCUGGGCUGGUCUCCGGGCUAUCUGAAGGACAAGACAGACUGGGGCUCCAGCAGCCAUGGCUACUUGGGUUGGAGACGGAAGAGCGUCUUUGGACUCUUUCCGAUGAUUAUCAAGGCCGAGAUCAUCUCGGGAGAGAUCAGCUACGCGUUUGCUCGUCUCUGGGGGCUUACUCAUAAGGCUGCCAAGACCUUGAAGCCCUUCUUCACGGGUGUUUACCGUCAGUCGUCGCGACGCAUCACAGCAGAGCUCGCCCCGAAGGCCGUCAAGCCUUCCAAGCUCGGCAAGACCAAGAAACCGGCUGCCUCUGACCGUCAUGAUCUCCUCAACGACUUGAUCCAGCUUCACAAGGAGAAGCCCGAAUUCAACGAGAGGUAUCUGCGACGGAUGGCCGUGACCAACUUUGGCGCCGGCCACGAGACCAUGUGCUCCGCUCUUACCUCCAUCAUGGCCAUGAUCGGGUCGAACCCGUCUGUACAGGCCAAGGUCGCAGCCGAAGUGCGAUCAGCCGAGAAUUCCUCAAGCUUUGAUCACGCGACUCACUUGCCGUACAUGCAGGCAACAAUCAAGGAAGCCCAGCGCCUGCAUCCGGUCCUCGGUAUGUCUCUUUCACGGACUGUGCCGGCCGAGGGCCUGCAGGCACACGGCCACCAUUUCCCCGCCGGUACUAUCGUCGGUUGUAAUCCGGUAUCGCUUCACAGAAACAGAGAAAUAUUCGGCGUCGAUGCUGACUCGUUCAACCCAAGUCGAUGGCUUGACACGAACGAUGUUCGGACCAUGGAUCGAUAUAAUCUGACCUGGGGCGGAGGGAACAGGACGUGUCCGGGACGGCACCUGGCGUAUCUCGUCGUCUACAAGGUAAUUCCAGCCUUGAUGAGCGAGUUUGAUGUUGAGGUCGCAAUGCCGCCGGAGGAAGAGAUUCGAUAUUACUUCAUGGCUAUGCUGACGGGCGUCAAAGUGCGCUUCCGACCCAAGGCGGGUCUCGACGAGGCACAGGUGACAACGGGCGGCCUGAUGUGA